AUGUCCAGGCAGUCAACCAUCACUUUCCAGACUGGCAGCCGUCGGGGCUUCGGCACAGCUUCAGCCAUCACACCAGCACACGGUCGCUCUCGCUUCAGUUCCAUCUCCACAGUCCGGCCCACUGGGGCCAGAGGAGGACUGGGGAGGGUCAGCGGACAAGGGGCUGCCUUUGGAAGCCGCAGCCUCUACAACCUGGGUGGCUCCAAGCGGGUCUCUGUGGGAGGUUGUGGCAGCAACUUCAGGAGUGGCUUUGGGGGCAAGGCAAGCAAUGGAUUUGGAGUCAGCAGUGGGUUUGGGUAUGGAGGAGGGCUGGGAGGGGGCUUUCCUACCUGCCCCUCUGGGGGUAUCCAAGAGGUCACUGUCAACCAGAGCCUCCUGACUCCCCUGAACCUGCAAAUCGACCCCGCCAUCCAGCGAGUGCGGAAGGAGGAGAAGGAGCAAAUCAAAACUCUCAACAACAAGUUCGCCUCCUUCAUCGACAAGGUGCGUUUCCUGGAGCAGCAGAACAAGGUCUUGGAGACCAAGUGGAGCCUCCUGCAGGAGCAGGGCACCAAGACCGGGAGACAAAGCCUGGAGCCCCUCUUUGAGGCCUACAUUAAUGGCCUCCAGCGGCGGCUGGACAACGUCAUCAGUGAGAGGAGCCAGCUGGAUGCUGAGUUAAGGAAAAUGCAGAAUGUUGUCGAAGAUUUCAAAGUCAGGUACGAGGAUGAAAUUAAUAAGCGCACUGCAGCGGAGAAUGAGUUUGUGGCCCUGAAGAAGGAUGUGGACACUGCCUACAUGAACAAGAUAGAGUUGGAAGCCAAGGUCAACUCUCUGACUGAUGAAUCCAACUUCUUCCAGAUGUUCUUUGAAGCGGAGCUGGCCCAAAUGCAGAACCAGGUCAGUGAUACAUCCGUGGUCCUGUCCAUGGACAACAACCGAUCCCUGGACCUGAAUAGUAUCAUCACUGAGGUCAAGGCCCAGUAUGAGGACAUUGCCAACCGCAGCAGGGCUGAAGCCGAGUCCUGGUACCAGUCUAAGUAUGAGGAACUGCAAGUCUCUGCGGGCCAGCACGGUGAUGACCUCCGCAACACCAAGCAAGAGAUCUCUGAGAUGAACCGGAUGAUCCAGCGGCUGAGAGCUGAGAUUGAUGGUAUCAAGAAGCAGUGCUCUAGUCUGCAGACAGCUAUCGCCAAUGCAGAGCAGCACGGGGAGCUGGCCCUCAAGGAUGCAAGGGCUAAGCUGGUAGAGCUGGAGGAGGCCCUGCAGAAGGCCAAGCAAGACAUGGCCCGGCUGCUGCGUGAGUACCAGGAGCUGAUGAAUGUGAAGCUGGCCCUGGAUGUGGAGAUCGCCACCUACAGGACGUUGCUGGAGGGCGAGGAGUGCAGGCUUAGCGGAGAAGGCGUUUCUCCAGUUAAUAUCUCCGUUGUCACCUCUACCAUGUCCAGUGGCUACAGCGGUGGCAGCAAUAUGGGAGGGCCAGGCUUGGGUCUCAAUGGAGGUAGCGGCUACUCCUUCAUGCCCAGCAAGCACAGCAGCCACAACCUGGGUGGGAGCCUGGUGGGUUCUGGCUUUAGCACCAAUAGCUGCCGCAGCCUGGGGAACAAUGGCUCCAGCCUCAAGUUUGUCUCUACCACGUCCUCCAGCCAGAAGAGCUACAAGCACUAA